CUCUUAUCACACCCCAAAUCCUAUUUAAAUCGGCGAUGCCACCAGCCAUUCGUCGUGGUCCAAAAUGAAGUUCCUUGCAGUUCUUUUCGUCUCCUUCUGCGUGUACACUCAGUGUACCGGAGAUCUCGCCCAUGAACAAGCCGUAACAGCGUGUGAGCAGCAGUCAGGAGUUACCCCAGAGAUUUUAGCCGAGAUGCAAGCACAUAAAUUCGACAACCCCAAACUAGGAGCUUAUAUACACUGUGUCCAAAAAGUGGUGAAAUUCCAAAACGAAGCAGGCGAGUUGCAGGUCGACAAUAUCAAAGCCAAGCUGAAGAAAGAUGGACACAAUGACGCCGUUAUACAACAGGUGGAAGAGCAGUGUUGCCACAACAAAGAUACUCCCGAAAAGACCGCCGUGGAAUUUACUAAAUGCAGCUGGAAUCUGUUGCAUCCGAAAAAGCAUCAUUAAGUCCGUUGUGAGGAAAGUUCGUGUGUAAUUAUUUUGUUAUUUUUCUCGAGAAAACUUUAUUAUACCACAAUAUAACAAAA